AUGACGAAAACAUACAUUAUGAACGGUCUGAUAGAGAAGAUGCAAUCUCCAGACCAAGAUUUCAGGUAUAUGGGUCUGAAUGAUCUCUUGUUAGAGAUUAAGGCGGAUCCAAACACCCUACUCGGCGACGAGUCGGUGGAGAACAAAGUGCUCCGCCAGGUUCUGCAGCUGGUGGAAGACAAGAUCUCCGAGGUGAAGAACCAGGCCGUCAAGUGCCUCGGUCAAUUGAUCAAGAUCAUCCGGGAGUCUCAGAUGGAGUUUGUUGUCGAUCGCCUCAUCGACUUCUCAUCCGGCAAGGACGACGAGCUACGGGACAUCUCCAGUUUGGCACUGAAGACUAUCACGGCCGAAUUGCCACCCGAGGGCAAAAUUGCGGCCAAGGCCUGUGAGAAGCUCACUCCGAAACUGCUCGUACAACUCUCUAAUUCAAACACGCCUCCAGAGACUUUGAUUGAGACACUGUCCAUCUUGUCGAUACUGAUCAGUCGCUUCCCGACGUAUCUCUCGAACCCUAGUCUUGAGCCACAGCCACUGGCUGUACUUACCCCUAUGCUGUCGCACCCGCGUCCUGCGGUGAGGAAGCGCGCGAUUACGACCCUCGCACAGUUCCUGCCGACUUCUCAGCUCCAGCUCUUCUCGGAAUUGCUCUCGUCACAAAUCAUGCCUGGUCUUGCGCCACUUGCAAAUGUGGAGAAUCAGCGCACGGUCGUGCAGCUUGUCUCCGCCGUGGCGCGUCACUCCCCCCACCAGGUGGCCCCGGUAUUGGACUCGCUGGUGCCUAGUAUCAUCAAAGCUGUGCAGCGCGACGACGAGGAGCUGCGGGAGAGCUGUCUCCAGGCUCUCGAGGCGCUCGUGCUGAGAUGUCCAUCGGAGGUGACACCGUAUCUCCCCUCUAUCAUUCAAGCCGGUAAUCAGUACAUCAAAUAUGACCCUAACUACGCCGGAGACGAGGAUGAAGACGAGCAGAUGGCAGAUGAGGAUGACGAGGAUGCGGAGCUCGACGACGAAUAUUCUGAUGACGAAGAUACGUCAUACAAGAUCCGUCGAUCCGCCACGAAGCUAUUAGCUGCGGUAGUGGGGACACGUCCAGAAUUGCUGACUACCCUUUACAAGGAGGUCUCUCCGGUAUUAAUCUCGCGGUUCGGGGAUCGCGAAGUGACCGUUCGCGUCGAAAUAUGGGCAACUUACGGCAUCUUAUUGAAUCAAACUGGCCUGUACGGUGGCCUCCCUCAAUCCAAGGACGGUGAAUCCACCAUUGGCGGUAAGAGGAAGCGGACAGAUGACGAGGGAAUGGAUAUCGAAGAGAUGCCGUAUACUCUCCUCCGCUCUCAGGUGCCCGCUUUGGCGAAGGCCCUGCUGAGCCAGCUCAAGUCGCCAAAGACGGCACCUGCAGCCCUGCAAGCAGGCUUUACGCUGCUGCGCGAGCUGCUCAGCGUACUACCUGGUUGCUUGUCGAGCCAGGCUGCACAGAUCAUUGCGACGACCAAGGCCGUCCUGUCGCAGUCGUCGAAGACGAACGCGUCGACAUUGCAUGUCACGUGCAUGUCCUUCAUCGCACUGUUCUUCAAGACGCACUCUCCGCCAACGUUCGCUGGGUCGUUGGACAGUAUCACUCCUAUCCUCCUCAAGUCGCUGAAUGAAAAGCACCCUCGGUUGGUGUCCGAGUCGUUCCGUGUCUUCUCUGCGCUGCUGGGCGCGAUGCAGCCCGUGAAGAGCGGCGAGUGGGUUGACCGCGUGUAUACCGAGGCCACCCAACGACUGAGCAACCACGACACAGACGCAGAGGUGCGCGCGUGCGCGGAGAACUGUAUCGGUGACCUGUGGAUAUGUGCGACAGACAUGGUCAAGACCAAGAACAGGAGGGAAUGGGACGCGAUGUGCAGGACCACCGGACGGACGGAUGGUGCGGUGCAGGUCAUCACACGGGUGGCGCGUGAAGUCGAGAUCGGCGACGACUGGGUGAAUGGGUGCAUACAGUGGCUGGUGAUCCUAUUGAAGAAGAGCGGUCGUACAGGCAAGAGCGAUAUGUUCACAUGUUUGGAUGCGCUCCUGAGAAGAUACAAAGUUUGUAUUCCUACCGAUCUUCCGUCAGUCUUGAUACCUGUGUUGAAGAUCUACAUCACCAACACCGACAUAUCUCUCUUAGCUCAAGCUCUGGCGAUUGUCGCCCUUCUGCUUGAGCUAGCGCCUUCCACUACAUUCCCGGAGGUCGAACAGGGGCUUCUCAGUGACAUCUACAUCAUCGCACACUCACCGCUUGUAUCUGGUGCUGCCUUCGAAUCCGUGCUCGCCUUCUUCGCCGCGCUUGUGGAAGCUGAUAUGCAAAUUGCGACGCACGUCGUGCCCAAUCUUGUCAUCAGCAUCGAGCAAGCACCUAAGGCCGAGGCAUCCCAAUCAAACGUCGCGAGGUGUAUUGGCCAGGUCGUAAAGAGCCAGCGAGGUGUCGCUGCAGGUACGAUUGCAGAGUUCACGCGUCAUCUGAAGCCGGCUUCGAAGGCCAAACCGUCGCAGGUGGUGCUCAGCCUGCUCGUGAUGGGAGAAAUCGGUCGUUUCAUUGACAUGUCCCCUCAACACGAGAUUUUCAACUUUGCGAUUGAACGUUUCACAGCUGAACAGGAGGAAAUCCGGACAGCUGCAGCUUUCGCGGCUGGCAAUAUGUCUGUCGGGAGUCUUCACCACUUCCUUCCCGUUAUUGUCAAGAUUGUCGAGCACGAUGCCGAGAAGCGUCUGCUCGCGUUGCAUGCCCUCAAAGAGGUAGUAACUCACUGCUCACAUAGUCAACUCGAGAAUGUCGCCGAUAUGCUCUGGGUGCCACUGUUUGAGAACUCGGAUAACUCUGAAGAGACCACUCGCAAUGUCGCCGCAGCCUGUCUUGGCAAGCUGACCACCACACAUCCUGCACGAUACUUGCCACAACUUCAUGAACGAAUUAGCGACGAAAAUCCUGCUGCAAGGGCAACCGUUUUGUCUGCCAUUCGGUACACAUUUGCAGAGAGUGCAAAUUCAUACGACGAGCUGCUCAAUUCGUUGCUCAUGGAUUUCCUGUCCUUGAUCACUGAUUCUGAUCUGACUGUUCGGAGGCUAGCACUCCAAGCCCUGAACUCUGCAGCGCGGUCCAAGCCCCAUCUCAUCCGAGAUCACCUCCCAACCAUCCUGCCAAACUUGUACAAGGAGACAGUGAUUAACCCAGACCUCAUCCGCACAGUACAGAUGGGUCCCUGGACACACAAGGUCGACGAUGGUCUUGAACCUCGCAAGACCGCCUACGAGACCCUGUACACAUUGCUCGACACAUGCUUGGCGAAGUUGGAUCUUCACGAGUUCCUCGGGCACGUAUUGACGGGGCUCUUGGACGAGUCAGACGAGGUGAAGGUCAUAUGCCACAUGAUGCUCUUCCGGCUUGCGCAGGUGGCACCGACCGCAGUCGCACAGCGGCUGGACGACAUCACACCGCCGCUGGAGAAGAGCAUGAAAGGCGCGACAGUCACGAAGGACACGGUGAAGCAGGAUUUGGAGCGCGCGGCGGAGCUCCAGCGCAGCACGCUGCGGGCCAUCGUCGCGCUCAGUAAGAUCAGCCAGCAGGGCAUCAGCCCGCGCUUCGAUGUGUUGGUCGAGUCGACACGCAGGUCGUCCGAGUGGGGGCAGGAUUUCGUGGAGCUUGUCGGUGCGUAA